AUGAUAGAUCAUGUCUUGGGUCGUCCUUCAGUGCGAUUUCGCAAGAUCCAGGUCCUGGCUGUUGUCUCCUUCUGGUCCUUCUACCUCUUCAGAGGGAAUCAACAUGGCCCGCCCUACAUCCGAAAGCUUUCGCGACGUCUCUCCAAAUUCAUCACACCCUGGCAGACCCUCGUUAUAACCCUCCUCUACUUCUACGUCGCACGAAAUCUGGGGAAGCUUCUGGGUCUCGAAUGCCCUGAACCCCUCGCAAAUCUCUACACACGAUCGUAUUUUCGAGCGACGUGGGUCACAACGGCGCUGGAUGCCGGGUUCUGGACGGCUAUGCGUAUACGGCGGAAGUGGCUGAGGGAUCUCGCCAGUAUGGUGUUUACUGCGUAUUAUCUCAUAGCUGCUGAGCAAGCGGAUGAGAAAGUUAGAAAGGUUAGAGGGGUGUUGACCGUCGAUCAUCUGCGAGUCAGCUGGAACAAAGGCACAACACCAUACUUGAAAUUCAUUCAGAAUCUAUUGCGUCCAAGGCUUAUGCGAUACCCGCCGCGAGCAAUCAGAAUCCCAAGACCACCGUAUAGCGAUUACAAGGAGCCGGUGCAUGGAUGGUUAUACUUCGAUGGACCUCUCUCGGAGUUAAAGAACCACACAAAGAUGGUUCUGGAUGUGCCCGGCGGGGGGUUCGUAGCGAUGGACCCACGAACACAUGAUGAUAAAUUACUGGCAUGGGCUGGGAAGACCGGUCUUCCAGUUUUGAGUUUGGAUUAUCGCAAGGCACCUGAAUUUCCGUAUCCAUAUGCGUUGAAUGAAUGUUUCGAUGUCUACAGAACGAUCAUUGCCAGCCGGGGUCGCUGCGUCGGCCUCUCCGGGGAUGUGGUCCCUCGAAUCGUGAUUACUGGGGACAGUGCCGGAGGAAAUCUGGCCACGGGCCUCACUCUCAUGAUCAUCGAAUCUGGCUCGAUCAACCAGCUUCAAUAUCAAGGGCAAGCCCCCCUUCCAAUUCCCGAAGGCCUUGUCCUUGUCUACCCAUCACUAGACAUGAACAUAGGGAACUGGAUGUCAGAUGAGCAAAUGUCUCUUAUCAAAGACAGACAGAUGCGAAAAACGAAUAAAAAUAUCCUGCGAAGAAAAGAUAUGCAUUAUACGUUAGCCGCAGGGACGCCGCAUCAAUCUGAUGAAGAUGACUACUUCUCACCACAGAAUGCGGCAACACCACCCCUGAAUGACGAUGCCACGGUCACAGCCACGACUGGACCCUCCCCUCAGUACUCUACUGCGCCCCCGGGGCAUCUCUCCCCCACUCUUAAACCAAGUCAUGACCGCGGGCCUUCUGGUUUGCAUCAUCCUGAACCGCUUAAGACAAGACUCGCAAUGUCAUCAAUGCUAUCGUACUUCAACGAUCGGAUUCUCAGCCCUGAAAUGAUGAGGGCAAUGAUCAUCCUAUACAUCGGGCCACAUAAUCGACCCGAUUUCUCCCAGGAUUACCUCCUUUCUCCAAUUUUGGCUCCUGAUUCUUUACUGGCGCAAUUUCCCAAGACUUACUUACUGACUGGCGAGCGAGAUCCGUUGGUUGACGAUACAGUCAUAUUCGCCGGGCGUUUGCGACGUGCCAAACUCGCAAAACGUCAGGCUGAACAGGCAAACAAUGAGCAUCUGGGCAAAGAAUUUGAUGGACGAGAUGUCGUCGAAGAGUCCCUGGUUCCAGGUAUUAGUCACGGCUUCCUACAGUUUGUAAGUGUGUUCCCCGAAGGCUGGAAACACAUAUUCCGCUGCGCUCGUUGGAUCGACACCGUAUUCGCCGAAUCGGAACGAAAGAGGCACCGCUCGCUAUAUCCUGGAAAUCCAGAUGCCGGGGGCACGAUGCAUAUCAACGGCCAUCCCCCGAAACGGAGGACGGAGAGUAGCGGGGAAGAAGACAUGGGCUUAGAGAUGUCAAUGAGCAGUUCCCGAAAGGGAAAGGCUAGAGAUGCGGAUCAGAAAGCGGAGAGGAGGCGGAAGGAGAAGCUGAUAAGAGAAGAGAUGCGUGCUCGGAGGCUAGAGAAGGAACAGGGCAUUGGCAAACGCAAGAAGAGUCUCGUCAGCCUAGCAAGCAGUGAUGAUUUGCUAGGUAGGAGGAUGCUAGGUCUCGCGGGUUCACUGACCAGAAGGGUCGAUAGCGAGGAUGCAUUGAGCAUCUGA